AGAACACUCUCGCAACGCGACACCAGCCUCAGUUGCGGCGCAAUCUGUGUUCUGACAAUACGUUCAUGUGCAUCAGAUGAGGCUGUACACCCUCUGGUUUGGAUGAACGCGCGCAAUCGUAUGACGUUUGCCGUGCUCCACGUGCACUGGUGAAAGUUACUUAGCUACUAGCGACUGGGCACGCAACAAGCAAGGCAGUCUAAUUCGUUCUUCAGGGGGUCCAAUUUGGUAGAUGUUGCCACGCUCAUUGAUUUGUAUCGCCAGUCUGCGAUCGAACCACGGAUUGGAGUCUUGCGAUGAGUAUUAUCUUGAAGCGGUGGAUGGAUUGUAUACAUUGAAAUCAGAAGCGACACACCCUCCCAGAGGAUCGCCCUUCUUGAGUCGAGAAGAGAGGGUCCUACCGAGCGAACGAUCGUCACAACAGCCGUUUGGGCCAGGAGGCGUAACUCUGAUCGUAACGCACACAGCACCGUCUGCCGUGCGCUGUCGCCCAAGACUGCAUCGUAGCCGUCCGGCGGGAAGGAAUGCCACCAUGACGACAACGAUCACGACCGCUACCCUUGGUGAUCACGAUGCACCAAGAUUUCCAAUUCCUCCUUUUCGUCUCCUCUGGAACUCGGCCUCUGCGCUGAGUCUCUUUUCGCUCUACUCGAUCUCCCAACCUUGUCUACUCCAACCAUCUAGACUAUCAGCCACAAGGCUAUCUCGUACGGACAGGGUCAAACUCUUUGCCCAGUUUGAUUGCAAUCAACCAAAUCAAUAUUUAACCGCCCACCACGCCCCACCUUAUACACGUAUUCGCUUCGUCUCGCAGGGUGGUCAACCCAUUGCUGUGGUCACGACUGCAAAGUGCUGUGUAUAUCGUUCGUACACACAGGAUCUAGAUUCCUUAGGUACUUUGAUGUCAUGCGUGACACAGCCACCGUGUGGCUGGCCAGACCUCAAGCCAAGACGCACCUUUCCCCUCCUCCCACUGUACUACCGGUAGUAUACCAUUCACAGACUCCACCAGGAGCAUAGC